AUGGGCCACCUCCGCGACGGCUCGUCCCCUGUCCACCUCGCGCGACUCGUGGUCCCCUCCUGCAUCGCCUUGCUACUCCUCGCCGGGUGCGGCGGUGGCGGCGCGCACGCGGCUCCGCGCCCGGCCUUCGCGUUCCCGGCCACCGCCGCCGCCGAGGAACCGAAUGCGCGCCGCGAGCGCCUGCGCGCCGCGCUAGACACCGCGUCCGCGCGCGUGGGGCAGGCGCUCGAGGCUAUGGCCGAAGUCACGCCGGCGUCCUAUGAUGACGGCCCCACCUCGACGCCGCUCGCGACCAUGGCGCGCGAGGACUGCGCGGAGCUGCUGGAGGAGGCCCUCGCGCUCCUGGCCGGCGCGGGCGCGCCCGGCGCCGCGCGGGGGGACGCGCUCGCGUGGCUCUCCGCCGCGCUCACCAACCACGACACCUGCGCCGACGGCCUCGCGGAGGCCGCCAGCGCCGUUCCGGGCGGCCAGGGCGCCGGCCCCCACCACGCGCACCUCGCCGCCGCCCGCGCGACGGUUCGCGACAGCCUCGCCAUGUACGCCUCCACCACGCCGAAGACAUCGACCGCCGCACGGACCGAUGACGCCUCCGCCAGCCUCAGGGUCAGGGACGGCCGCGGCUCCAGGAACGCGACGACGAAGCGGGCCGAGGACGCGUGCGGCUUCCCGCGGUGGCUGCCGGCGAGGGACCGCAGGCUGCUGCUGCACCCCGCCGCGUCACUGGCGGCGCGCGCCGACAUCGUGGUGGCCAAGGACGGCACGGGGACGCACGCCACGAUCGCGGACGCCGUGAGGGCGGCGCCCGAGUGUAGCGAGCGCCGGACGGUGAUACACGUCAAGGCCGGGGUGUACCGCGAGAACGUCAAGGUGGGGAUGAAGAAGACCAACCUCGUGUUCGUCGGCGACGGCAAGGGCGUCACCGUGGUCACCGGCAACCGCAGCGUCGCCGACGGCAACUACACCACGUUCCGUACCGCCACCUUUGCGGCGUCGGGGUCCGGGUUCAUGAUGCGCGACAUGACGGUGGAGAACCGGGCCGGGCCGGUGGGGCGGCAGGCGGUGGCGCUGCGCGUGAGCGCCGACCGCGCCGCCGUCCACCGCUGCGGCGUCGCCGGGUACCAGGACGCCCUGUACGCGCACUCCAACCGCCAGUUCUACCGCGACUGCGACGUCCGCGGCACCGUGGACGCCGUCUUCGGCAACGCCGCCGCCGUGCUCCAGCGCUGCACCCUCCGGGCGCGCGCGCCGCAGCCGGGCCAGCAGAACACCGUCACCGCGCAGGGCCGGAGCGAGCCGUGCCAGCGCACGGGCAUCGUCCUCCACGCCUGCCGCCUCGUGCCCGCGCCGGACCUCGCCGGGCGCGCGGCGCAGACGUACCUGGGCCGGCCGUGGAGGCCGUACUCGAGGGUGGUGGUGAUGGAGUCGUACAUCGGCGACCACGUGGCGCCGCGGGGGUGGCUGGAGUGGAACGCGAGCGCCGCGUCUGCGCUGGGCACGCUCUACUACGGCGAGUACAUGAACCACGGGCCCGGCGCCGGGGUGGCCGGGCGCGUGCCGUGGCCCGGCCACCGCGUAAUCAACAGCACCGCGGAGGCGGAGAGGUUCACGGUGGCGCGGUUCAUCGCCGGCGCGUCCUGGCUGCCGGGCACCGGGGUCUCCUUCGACACCGGCCUCUCGCUGUAG